GCAUUGUUAUAUUUUCCUCAUUUUUCGUUUCUCUUUCUCUCUCUAUCUCUCUCCCCUUUCUUUCUCUCUCUAGCUCAAAGAGCAACGGCGGCACCUGACCCCAAUCCUUCUACUCCGGGGAGGAGCAGAAUCGCAUCAACCAACUCUGAUCCGAAGAUUUCAUUUCAAUUUCGGUCUACUGUGUAUCGUUGAAGAGUAAUUUGCAAUUCAGGUUGAAUAUAGAGUUGAUUCUUUGGAGUUACUUUAUGUUAGUUGUCAACACUUUGUAUGAGUGCUGAUAUAUCACAUUUUCUGCUACAUGGCCACUUUAUAUAUUGCAUACUGGGGCUGAAUUAUAUUAAUCAAUGGACUUCUACUUCACUCAAUUCACUUUUAGAACAUUUAGAAUGCCUAAGGAGAGAAAAGACAGGUCCUUGUCACAAGAUUGUAGUAGAACAUCACCUUAUCCAAGCAGCUCAAGUCGUGUCAGAAGAUCUACGUCUAAAACUCCUUUAGAGUCCGAAGAAAAUAUAAAAGAAUGGGAAGAAGCUAGGUGUCCAGUCUGCAUGGAGCACCCACACAAUGCAGUUCUCCUCAUAUGUUCAUCCCACGAGAAGGGAUGCCGCCCAUACAUGUGCAACACUAGCUAUCGCCACUCAAACUGUCUGGAUCAGUUCUGCAAGUCAUUUGCAGAGCCCUCGCCGCCAACCAUUCCUCCGGUAGAAAGUGAAAUUUCAAAUUCUGACUCACCUCAAGAUCAACCUCAAGAUAGCACUGAAGCUAAUAUCGUCGAUGUACAAGAAGAAACGAGUGAGGGAUUUGUUACAAUGCAAUCCCUGUCCUGUGAAGACGAGACAAAAUCAAAGCUAGUAUGCCCUCUUUGUAGAGGACAAAUAAAAGAGUGGAAGGUAAUGGACGGGGCUCGUCAUUUCAUGAAUGAAAAAUCCAGGAGCUGUUCUUGUGAGAGUUGCAACUUCACUGGUACAUAUACAGAUCUCAGAAAACAUGCAAGAGUUGAUCAUCCUCUUGAGCGCCCAUCUGCGGUAGACCCAGAGCGUCAGCGUAACUGGAGGAGGUUGGAGCGGCAGAGGGAUCUUGGUGACCUGCUUAGCACACUUCAAAAUUCCUUUGGGGAAAACAGGGUUGAUGAUGGCCUCGGGCUCGCUCCUAUAGAUGAUGGUGGUUUGCUAGCUGUAUUCUUCCUCAUUCUUCAACCUUCAUCUGUAUCUAGAGGUACCACAGGAACUAGACUCCAAAUGAGGAUUAGGAGACCUUCGAGGCUCUGGGGGGAAAAUUACGAGGCAGAAUCUGGAUCUGCUACUAGAGAUAGAGAUGAUACAACAAAUGAGUCUUCCGAUGGAGGCUCUGAUAAUAGGAGGCGCCGUGUUAGAAGACGGAUUCAAACACCUGACAGACAACCAUAACUUGGAAAACCAGAUAUGUCAAUUUGAAUUGUUGAUAAUGUUCCCAAGUAAUAGGUGGAAGAGCAAGAGAGAGAGAGAGAGUGGGGAGUUUCCGGCUUGGAUAUUCAAAUCUGCUCUAGCAAGUGUUGAACAGUUAUUGCUAAUUCUCAGAAUGAGAAGGGUGCUAUUCGUUGAGCAUCCCAUAAUCUGUUUAUCUAACAUUUUUAGCAUUCCUGCAUCUUUGGUGCCAUAUCUCUAGAACAAUUGAGUUUGAAAUAAAUUUACUGUUGUGUUUC